AUGACAACCACAACAAGAAGGGUGGCGGUGAUUGGGGCCGGCCCGUCUGGUGCCAUCACCACCGACGCCUUGGUCAAAGAGCAAGCUUUCGACACCAUUCGGGUCUUCGACAGAAGAGGGGCUAUUGGUGGGACAUGGGUCUACACCCCUCACCUGCCCGCGAAGAUCCCAUCACUGCAAGAUCUCAUCACGGGGAAUGUUGACCAUGCGGUGCCCAUACCAACAAAACUUCCGGCAGAGACCUCGAAGACGGAGAGAAUCAACAAUCAUCAAACACGGUUUUCAGACUCGGCGCUUCAUGAGCACCUUCACAGCAAUAUUAUUCCCUCUAUCAUGAGCUUUACUCGGGAGCCUUUCCCGGACAAGUUGUCGGAGCGGACCCUCGCCAAAUUUGGACCCAGGGCUCCUUUCAGACACCGUGAGGUAGUGCGAGAGUGGGUUCAGGAAAUCUUCGUUCGCAAUGGGAACGACAAACUACUGGAGCUUAAUACGACGGUUGAGCGGGCAGUCAAAAAUGAACAGCAAGAAUGGGUACUGACGCUUCGCAGAGAGACGCCGGGAAAAGAUUACUGGUGGGAAGAGAGAUUCGACGCUCUGAUUGUCGCAAGUGGCCACUACAACAUCCCCUGGGUUCCAGACAUUCCAGGACUGGUCGAUUUUGAUGUGAAAUUCCCUGGGAAAAUUCAGCACAGCAAGCAUUUCAGGGGUCCAGAAAGCUUUGCAGGAAAGCGAGUGGUCAUCGUCGGAGGGUCUAUUUCAUCCCAUGAAGUCCUGCAUGAGAUUCUUCCUAAAGCAAAAAAACCGGUUUUUGCAGCUUUAAGGGGUGAUCCUGUCCCAGCCUUUGGGUGGGCGCCCUUCACACAUCCACACAUUGUUGUCAAGAACGAGAUAACGCGCUUCGAUCCAGAAACUGGAACACUGUUCUUCGCAGAUGGGUCGUAUCUGAAUGAUGUAGACCACGUCAUAUUUGGCACUGGAUACACUUUCAGCUUGCCAUUCUUGCCGGACAUUCAGGCAAGAAUAAAACAGGCUAAUCGCCGGCUGCCUGGGGUCUUCCAACACACAUUUAGUAUUGGCGACCCGAGCUUAGCAUUUGUUGGGAUGCUUGGUGGCGGUUUCACGUUUCGCGUGUACGAGUGGCAAGCAGUUGCCGUGGCAAGACUCCUUGCAGGUCGCGCCCGGCCUCUCCCUUCACGGUCCGACCAGCUUGAGUGGGAACAAAGAAGGGUGGCUGAACUAAAGGGAGGCAAGAACUAUUACUCGAUCGCUUUAGAUUAUGAGGGCUUUUUUGAGUAUCUGCGGUACAUCGCAGGCGACCCUACCCCAGGCACAACAGGCAGGGUACUCCCACCGUUCGACAAAGCAUCUCUGGCUAUAUGGACGGACAUGGUGGCAACCAAGAUCAAGGGAUUCGAAGAAGAUGCUCGCAAAGCAGAGUUGGAGAUUCGAAGCCAGCAAGAACAAGAGGCUCAUCAGCGACUGCAGGAGAUUAUCGGAAACUGGAGUCCCAGAGCAAAGCUUUAA